AUGGAAGAUCUUGAAACUAACGUGGUUGUUGAAAACACUAUAGAUGAAGACAAGGUGCUAUACAGUUUUCCUUUUAAAUAUUUUCAUUUAUUAGUAUAUGCUUUUAAGAAUUAUUACUUUAAUAUUUAUUUGAAAAAGGUACAUAAUAAUAAUGAUAAUAAUAAUAAAAUUAAAAGUAAUUCAAUUGAAAAUUAUAAAAAGGAAGAAUUUAUUGAGAAUGUAGAGGAAAUCCAAGAAGCACCAGGAUCAGGACCAGGACCAGGACCAGCAUUAGUAUCAUCAUCACCGUCAUCAUUAUCAUCUUCGUCGUCUUCAUCAUCAUUCAAUCUUUUAAAAAGUAAAUAUAAUUAUAAAAAAAAGAAAAAAAGCAGAUAUUGUGAUAUAAAUGAUAAGUUAAAUUUUGUAAAAUUUAAUGAAAAAAGGAAAUGCACCAACCGUUCUUAUAAUAAUCGUUAUUAUAAUGAUUAUCUAAAAAAUGAUAAUUUCUCAAAAUAUAUUUCUUCUAAAAAUAACAAAAAAAAUUCCAACUUAAAAAAAAGUUCCAAUUUGUUUAUUAGUGAAGAACAACCUGAACAAGGUCAGGAGGAUUUGUUAGAAUAUUCUGAACAAGACAUAAUAAAAUUAAUUUAUUAUUUUAUGGAGAAUUUUAUUUUUAAGAAGAAAAAAGAAAAUAGACAACUGAAUGCAAAACAGUUAGGGGAUAGAACAAAUGAAUAUGUCGAUAUGUAUAUGAAAAAAUCUUAUAGUGAUAAGAAUGUGAAAAGAAAAAAAGAAGGAAAAAUAAAUAUAAAAGUAAAAAAUAUUUCUGAAAUGAAUGUUAUUAAUAAGAAUGUUGAGCUAGCCAUUUUGGGACGUGACUCUCUUUCAUUGUCAUUACCUGAAGAGGUAAAGGGGGGAAAUGAGCAAGUUAUAAUUGAAGAAAUAGAUGAAAAGGGAAAGAGAGAUGAUAAAAUAGGAACUGUAUUAAAUGAUGAGAAUGUAAAAAGGAAUUUAUUAAAUGGUUUAUUGGUUUGUAACGAAGAGGAUAGCGAAGAAGUUAUUAAUAAAGAAGUUUUAUUAUUAAAAGAAAAUAAUAUAAAUGAUAUAAUGAAAAAGGAUGUUUAUAAGAAUAAUAUAUCAAAUGAUAAUAAUUUAACAAGUAUAUGUUAUAAAGAAAAAAACUCAAGUGAGCCUUCUGAUGUAACACAUAUAAAUAAUGAGUAUGAAGGAAAGGGUAUUCCAAAUAAUGGAGAUACGAUUGAUGAAAAUAUUAUAGAUGAUGAAAAAGAAAAUAAAAUAAUAAAGGAUGAGAAGGAAUAUAUGGAAAUAGGAAAUAAUGAUGACAUUAUAAAUGAUUGUAAAAAGAAUAUGAAUAAAGAAAUAUCUAUGAAAUCAGGAGUGAAAGUUUGUGUUGAAGAGUCAAAUAAUAUAUCGGAAGCUGUUAAAGAAGAAGAAAAAUUAAAAAUUUUACAAAUAAUUGAUAAUUAUUUACAAAAAAAUGAAAUGCUUUUUAAUAUGAACGAUAUAUUUUAUCCUUUUACGAUUAAGCAUUUUGAUUUCUGUAAAAAUAAAAAUGAGAAGAAUAAAAUGAAGAGAAAUACAAUAACGGAGAGGAGAUACCUAGGUAAUAAAAAUAAUAAUGUAAAUAUGUAUAAUAAUAAUAUAAAUAUGUAUAAUAAUAAUAAUAAUAAUAAUAAUAUAAAUAUGUAUAAUAAUAAUAAUAAUAAUAUAAAUAUGUAUUAUAAUAAUAGUAUAAGUUCUUUGAAUAAGGUUCAAUGUAACAUGUCAAAUAGUAAGGGUGUCUAUACAACUGAAGAGAGUAAUAAUAAUAAUUUCCCGUCAAAAGAAUAUAUUAAAAAUAAAAUAUAUUUCAGCAAAUUAAGAAUGGGUUUGAAUAUGUUAUUGAAGCAUGAGAAAAAAUCCAAGAGAGGAAGACGAACAGGAGGAACUAGUAAAAAUUAUAAAAAGGAAUUAGGUGAGCAAAAAAAGAAGGAUGGUAUGGAUUGUGACAUGUUAGUACCUGAUUCUUCAAAAAGAGUUAAUAAAAGUAGGAAUAAAAAUAAGCUCCCUGAUAAUAAUAGGAAUAAUAAUAAUAUGAAAGAUAAUAUGGAUAUUAAUAUGAACAACAACAAUAAUAAUUAUAACAACAAUAAUAAUAAUAACAACAAUUAUAAUAAUAAUAAUAAUAAUAGCAAUAAUAAUAAUAAUAACAACAAUUAUAAUAAUAAUAAUAACAAUAAUAAUAAUAACAACAAUAAUAAUAACAAUUAUAAUAAUAAUAAUUAUUAUGUUUAUAGGGGGGGUGCUACAAACAUUGGUAAUGGAAAAAAUAAAUUUGUGAAUUGUAAUUUUCCAUAUGAUAAUCCAAAAGAAUACCAUAAUGUAAUAAAUAAGGAUAAAAAUUUCAUCAGAAGAAAUAUUUUGAAUGUAGUAGAUACUAGUAAUAUGAGUAUGUAUAAUUCACAUAAUGAUGAUAAUUUUAAUAUUUUAAAUAAGAAUGAACCUUCGUUUAGUGGUACGAAUACAAAUAAUGUUAUAAUGAAAAGUAAUCACAAUAAUAAUAAUAAUAACAACAACAACAACAACAACAAUAAUAAUAAUAAUAAUAAUAAUAAUAAUAAUAGUUAUAAUAAUAUGAUUACCUUUGUAGAGAAUAAUGAACCUAAUGAUACAGGAACUUUUUAUAACCCCAAAAGUUGUGUGCCAUAUUACGAUAAGACGAAUAAUAAUAUAAAAAAUGUGGAUGAUAAUUAUAAUCAAAAAAAUUACAAUGUUGUAAGUUUUAGUAAUAGUCAAGUGCAUCCACCUUAUAGUCAUGAGGAGGAAUAUAAGAAUAACUCUUCUAAAGUUUGUAAUACAUAUACGAAUAAUUAUAUACAUAAUAUUAAUAAUAUGAAUUAUUCUAGAAGUAGCAUGAACGCUUGUUUAAAUGAGAAUGCUGUAGAAAAUGAUGAGGAUUGUAACAUAAAUUAUAUAAAUAAUAAUAAUAGUAAUAAUAAUAUGGAAGAAAAGAAAAAUAUUGAUAAUGUUAUAAUAAAAAUGUAUAAUAAAAAAAGUCACACACAACGUAUGAACGUCCCAACUAAGGAUUUGAAAAAUGAAGUAUAUAAUAAAGCGGGACAUGUAAAAACAUGUAAUGUAAUAAAAAGUAAAACAAUUUCAUUAAAUAACAUAGUACUAGAUUUAAGUCCUAAUGAGCAGAUGACAAACGGUAUGUAUGAAAAUGAAGAUAUGUAUAAUGUUAGAUUUAAAAGUGAUGAAAAUUAUUAUAAUACAAUGAAUAUGAUUGGAUAUAUGGAUAAAAUAAAUAAUAUGAAUAAUUUAAAUGUGACGAAACCUACUAGAAAAAAUAAUAAAAGUAAUAAAGCUACAAGUAAGGAUAAGACGAAAAGUCGAGAUGGUAGGAAUAAUAAUGAUAGUAGCAAUAGUCCUCAAAUAUUUGACGAUAAUCAUGAUGAAUAUAAGGAUGAUGAUGAUAACAACAAUAAUAAUAAUAAUAAUAAUAAUAACAAUAAUAAUAAUAAUAAUAACAAUAAUAAUAAUAACAAUAAUAAUAAUAUUAAUGUUAAUAAUAAUGGUAAUAAAGAAAAUCAUCAUGGACAUAAAGAAAACGGGGAUAAUAAAAAGGAUAAUGAUAGGAAUAAUAGUAAUAACAACAAUAAUAAGGAAGAUUGUGGUCACAAUAAUAAUCAAGAUAAAGAUUAUAAUAACACAUAUAAAGAUAACGAAUGUAAUAAUAUGACAAGUUUUUAUAAUAAUAAUAAUAAUAAUACGAAUUAUUUAGAUGAACGAGAAAAUUAUUUGUGCAUUGAACAAAAUAAUAUUUAUUUACAAAACGAAAAAGGAAAGAAUAAUAAUGAUGUAUUUCUAGGACCAGAACAAAAUUGUAUUGCUACCAUAGGCUCUUGUAAUAAUAAUAAUAAUAAUGAUAAUACGAGUAAUAAUAUGAAGAAUAAAAUGAUUAGGAAUAUGAAUUUUAAUGGAAACGUUAAUGUAAAUAAUUAUAAUAUUACGGAUAAUGAUAAGUGUUUAUAUAAUGUAAAGAAUAUUAUAAAUAAUAAUGAGAAGAGAGGAAAUCUUUGUUAUAUACAAAAUAUAAAGAAUAUGAAUAAUCUACAUAAUAAUAAUAUAUUGGGAAAUAAUACCUUUGAGCGAUUUGAUGAUAAUAAUACUGUACAAAUGAAUUCUUAUGAUGAUCAGUUGUAUAAUGCUUUAAAUGAAGAGGAAGAAAAAAAAAAGAAAAAAAGAAAGAAAAAAAAAAGCACAACAAUUAUUAAUAAUGAUGGUAAUAUUAAUAAUGAUGUUAAUAUUAAUAAUGAUGGUAAUAUUAAUAAUGAUGUUAAUAUUAAUAAUGAUGGUAAUAUUAAUAAUGAUGGUAAUAUUAAUAAUGAUGGUAAUAUUAAUAAUGAUGGUAAUAUUAAUAAUGAUGGUAAUAUUAAUAAUGAUGGUAAUAUUAACAAUGAUGGUAAUAUUAACAAUGAUGGUAAUAUUAUUCAAGAGACACAACAUGAUUUCUAUCUAACUAGUCUCAUUAAUAAGAAUCAUAUAAUGUAUAAGCAGAACAUGUCACAGAAUAUUAUAUAUCAUAACAAGGUAGAUUAUUUAAAUGGAAAUGAUUCUAAUAUGAAGUUAUUGAAUGAAAAGAAAAUUGGAUACGAAAAAAAGACAAGUAAGAAAAAUGAGGGAAUUAUGAAUGGGAAAAAAGGUAAAAGAAAAUAUCAAAGAAAAGAUCCUAAAAAUAUAAAUGAUUCGAAUGUGUUCACAGGUAAUAAUUCGAUGUUGAAUAUCUUGCCUUCUUUGUACACGAAGGUAGAAAAUGAAAUUGAUGUAAAUAAUAAUAAUAAUAUGAAUGAUAAUAAUAGUAAUAUCUGUACGUACUAUAAUUACAAUACAUACGAGGUGAUAUAUAAUGACAUGCAUAAUGAUGAUAAGAAGAAAAAAAAAAGUGAUAGCAAGAGAAAAGAUCGAAAUGGUAAAAAGAAAAUAAAUAUAGAGCAAAAGAUUGAUAAUAAUAAUCAUAAUAAUAAUAAUAAUAAUAAUAAUAUUAAAGAAAGCUUUAAUAAUAAUGAUAUGAAUAAUUAUAAGCAUGAACUUGAAAGAGUUACAUAUGAUAGUAUAAAUAAUAAUGGUAAUAUUCAGAAAGGUGAUUAUAUCAAGAACAAUGUUUAUAAUAAUAAUUAUCAUCUUCAUGAUGUUAACACUAAUACUGUUAGCACUUUAAAUAAGGCAUCAAGUUUUAAUACGAUUUAUACAAAUUCAAGGAGUACCUUUCCAAAAAGCUUUUCAUUUAAUAGUGAUGCGACAAACGCAAAGGAUGAAAUGAAUUUGAUAGGACUUGCUAAUAGUAUUUCUACAGGGAAUUCUACAGAAAGUAUAAAAGAUGGAAAUAAGGAUCUUAUAGGAUAUAUACAAAAGGUUGAUGAAAUGGAUAAAAGUGGUCACAUGAAUAAGGUUGAUAAAAUGGAUAAAAUUGGUCAUAUGAAUAAGGUUGAUAAAAUGGAUAAAAUUGGUCAUAUGAAUAAGGUUGAUAAAAUGGACAAGAUUGGUCAUAUGAAUAAGGUUGAUAAAAUGGAUAAAAGCGGUCACAUGAAUAAGGUUGAUAAAAUGGAUAAAAGCGGUCAUAUGAAUAAGGUUGAUUAUAAAAACAAGUUAGACAUUAUUAAUAAUAAAAUGUAUGAUCAAUUUACUAACGUAAGUACCGGAAGAUACCAUAGUAGUAAUAUUUGCAGCGAUAAAAAUUCUCGUUUAAAUAACUGUAUAAAUAAAAGUAUGGAUUUAAAAUAUAAUGCAAAUAAUAUAAUUAUUAAUAAUAUGAAUAAUAAUAUAUUUGGUAAUGAAUGUAAUAAUAAAUAUGUUUGUGGUAGUGACGACAAUAUGUUUCUGAAUAAAAAAAAAAGGUCAUGUUUCUUUAUGUUGAGCGAGAAAGAAAAAUGUACUUUGAAGAGGAAGGUUCCUACUACAACAAGUGGGAAUAAUAAAAGUUAUAUUAAUAAUAGAGAUAAUAAGAAAAUAAAAAAAAUGGUGGGAACAAAUAUAUAUGAUGAUAAUAAUGGUGAUGGUAAUAUAAGUAAUAUAUCUUCUAUAGUACAUAAGGAUGAAAAUAUGGUAAAUGCAUUUACUAAUAAUAAAAGUUCAUAUAUAUGUAAAAGUAUCCAAGAGAAUGAUAUGUUUAAUGUAGAAUAUAAUCAGCAAAUAAUGCAAGUUGGGAAUUAUGACAAUAUAACUAAUAAUCAUAUUACUUCUAGUCAACAUAUACAAGGUAUCUAUGAUAAUAAUAUUUAUGUAAAAGGUGUUGGUUAUAUGAAUAAUACAAAAGAUGUAAAAUGUAGAGGAAUGUCAACCUAUAUGAAUGAUAGCGAGAGUGGAGUUAUGAACAUGGAAAUGUCGCUAUUAUAUAACGAUCGUAUUGUGAACAAUAAUAAGGACAUAAAAAAUAAUAAUAAUAAUAAUAAUAAUAAUAAGAACAACAACAACAACAACAAAAACAACAAAAACAACAACAACAAUAAUAAUAAUAAUAAUAAUAAUAAUAGUGGUAUUGAUCAUGCGCUUCCUAGUUAUCAAAACAUUAUACAUAAUAAUGAUAAGGUUAAUCACAAUAGUGAGGAUAGUAAUAAUAGAGUAGGUGUAGUAACAAACGAGGGAAACAAUAAUAUUAUUAUGAAUAUGAAUGAAGAAAGUAGUUUGUUUAAAAUUAUGGGCAACGAUGAAAACCGGCAAAAGGGGAUAUUACAGCAUAUAAUAGGAAAUAAUAAUAAUGAUAAUAAUAAUGAUGAUAAUGAUGAUGAUAAUGAUGAUAAUAAUAAUGAUAAUAAUAAUGAUAAUAAUAAUGAUGAUAAUAAUAAUAAUAAUAAUAACCACAACAAUAAUAACCACAACAAUAAUAAUAAUAAUAAUGGUUCAUAUAAAAUAAUUAACGAGGGUGCUUUAAACCUAAAUGAUGUUAUGAAAUAUGAUGGAUUAGCAUCAUCAUGUUUUCCAAAUAUAAACAAUGAAUGCACGAGACGGAUGACCUUAAACAAAGAUGCGAAUAAUAAGAACUAUGAUUUUAAUGAAGAAGAACAAGUUUCCUAUUUUGAUUUUAGAAACCACAUGAAGAAUUAUUACUAUGAUAAGAUGAGUGAGUCGUAUAGAAGUAAUAUACAAGAUCAUUAUAAAGUUGGAGAAGAUAAUAUGGAAGGAGGGGUUUUGAAACGUAUGAAGAACUCAAAGAAAAAGAAGAAUGGUACAAUAAAUGAUGAUAAUAAUAAAAAUAGAAAUAAGAAAAAUAAAAAUAUACACAUCAAUAAUAAUAAUAAUAAUAUUAGUAAUUACCAUAGUGGUGAUAAUAAUAAGGUGAACUUUUCUUUUACCACACCCAUAACACAAAAUAUAUUUAACAAUGAAAAUGUUUCAUUACACAACCUGCACAAUGAUAUACAUACCAUGAAUAAAAAUGAAAUUUGUAAUAAAUCUUCUUUACCUUUUAACACCGAUGAAAUAAGAGGAUAUGAAGAUAAUAAUACAACUAUUAGAAGAACAUAUAUGGACUAUCAAGAACAAAAUUGUUUAGAUGAUAAUCAUAUGAUAUUCAAAGAAAUAAAAAUUAAAAAGAAAAAAGGAAGAAAACCAAAGGUGCCUCUUAUACAGGAAGAAAGAAAUGUCAACUUGAAAAAUAAUCAACUUUAUGAUGUUGACAAUAAUUUAAAAUCUUUUGUUAACGAUGAUCAUACUUAUAAUGUAAAUCAAAGCAUGAACCAAAGUAUAAAUCAUAACAUUAAUCUUACAAUAAAACAAAAUAUUCAUGUCGAUCCUCAUGAUGAUAAUUUAAUUGUAAAUAAAGACUUGGACAAGAAUAAAACGAGUAGUGAUAAUAAGAGGAAAGCAAAAGUAACUAGAAAAACGAAUGAUAUAAAAUUAGGAAAUGAGAAAGUUGAAACUGGUGCCUAUGACGAAAAUGGAGAGAAGGUUUCAGGUGUUUGGUAUGACACAAAUCGAAGGCUCUGGAGAGUUAUGUAUAUGGAAAACGACAAGAGAAAAACGCGAGGGUUCUCACCACGUAUCUACGGAUUUAAUGCUGCAAGGGAUUUGGCUGUACAAUUAAAAUAUGAAAUGAACAAAAAAAAUAAAAAAUGA